CUUCUCUAUGAAUGCAAUGUAUGGAAUGUUGUUUGCAACUGGAAUGGUUAGUUUGAUUUAUUUUAUUUUAUUUUUUUAUUCCCCUUCAGGUUGUUGUGCUUGAUAGAUAAGUUGGUUGAGAUGGAGGCUGAAAUCGACGCCGAUUCACCACUUGAUUAUGCUGAAUUUCAAUUAUUUCCAAGCCGGGACAGACUUUGUUGUAGGUAUGAGGCAUGUGUAUGCAGUGGCAACAAGGUAGAAACAAUAGCAUCUGGACUUUUGGGACAGCUGGCACUGCAUUUACCUGAACUAAAAAAUUUGUUGUCAAGAGGAUCCAAUGCCAACUUCAAACUUCAACCACCCAAAAAUCUUGAUAGUUCCCUGUGGUUCACAAAAUCAACAUUAACAAGAUUUUUACGUAUUGUUGGUUCAUCGGACACACUAAAUACCACCAAUGCUAUUGGAAAUGAGAUAACUCAACUGGAGGAAGCCAGAAAAUUUCACCUUUCUUUGUAUACCAAGGAUCAUCGGGAUCAUUCUGGAGAUGGAGCAACAGCUAAAUACUCAGUGAUUGUUGGUGCCCCUUCGCUAACAGACUGCUGCAACCUGAAUGGUGUGGAACCACAGAUUAAGGAUGAAGUUGAGAUUGUGUCAUCAGAUGCAACGAAGAAUGAAUUGCUGCGAGCAAUGGAUUUGAGGCUAACAACAUUAAGAGGAGAAUUAGCUGCUGCUUUCAACCAGGUUGCUGGAGCCACAUGCUCUUCAAAGCAGGUCUCUGAUAUGGAAAAGCUUUCUCAACAUUUUGGAGCCAUAGAUUUGAGAUCUUUAUGCAAGAAUUUCAGUAUGAGCGAUGCCCAAGAAAGGUUCAGGAACAUUCGCUUGCAGGAGGAAUAUGAUACCCAUGAUCCAAAAGGAGAUUGUGGCAUGGUAUUGUCCUUUCUCAAAAAGAGGUCAAAAAUCAUUGAAAUAGUAGCUGCCCAUGACAUUGUCUUUGCUCUUGCGCAAUCUGGUGUUUGUGCUGCAUUUAGCCGAGAGGCUAACCAGAGGAUAUGCUUUUUGAAUGUCAGUCCUGAUGAAGUCAUACGAAGCUUGUUUUACAAUAAAAACAAUGAUUCUCUUAUCACAGUCUCAGUUUAUGCUUCUGACAAUUUUAGUUCUUUGAAAUGCAGAACCACCAGGAUUGAGUACAUAAGGAGGGGUAAGCCAGAUGCAGGUUUUGCUCUUUUUGAGUCUGAGUCACUGAAAUGGCCUGGUUUUGUGGAGUUUGAUGAUGUAAAUGGGAAGGUACUCACCUAUUCGGCACAAGAUAGCAUAUACAAGGUGUUUGACUUGAAAAACUACACGAUGUUGUACUCCAUAUCAGACAAAAAUGUUCAAGAGAUUAAGAUCAGUCCAGGCAUCAUGUUGUUGAUUUUUACCAAAGCUAGUGGCCAUGUUCCUCUUAAGAUUCUUUCAAUAGAGGAUGGUACAGUUCUCAAAACUUUCAAACAUCUCCUUCAUCGGAAUAAGAAGGUGGAUUUCAUUGAACAGUUCAACGAGAAGCUUCUUGUCAAGCAAGAAAAUGAGAAUCUUCAGAUUCUUGAUGUUCGCAAUUCUGAACUAACAGAAGUUAGCAGAACUGAAUUUAGGACUCCAUCUGCAUUUAUAUUUCUAUAUGAGAACCAGUUGUUCCUGACAUUCAGAAACAGGACGGUGGCUGUUUGGAACUCCCGUGGGGCGCUCGUAACUUCAUAUGAGGAUCACCUCUUGUGGCAUCCUGACUGCAACACAAACAACAUAUAUAUCACAAGUGAUCAGGAUCUUAUAAUUUCCUACUGCAAAGCUGAUUCAGAUGAUCCAUUAUCAGAAGGAAAUGCAGGUUCUAUCAAUAUCCGCAAUAUCUUGACCGGGAAAUGCCUUGCUAAAAUAAGAGCAACCAAUAGUUUUCCCAUAGGUGAAUGCAGUUGUAGUGGAUGUUGUAAUGGCAGAAAUUGCAGUUCAAAUAUGCGGAUCCGAGCUUCCAGGAUUAGAAGCACUGUUGCAGAAGCCCUCGAGGACAUCACUGCUCUCUUCUAUGACGAAGAACGUAAUGAGAUCUAUACUGGCAAUAGACAUGGCCUGGUUCAUGUAUGGUCUAACUGCAGGUCGUAUCUUCCCUCACAUCCCUUUAGACUCCAAGCUCGUUCUUCCAUAUGAUUGAAAUCAUUCUGCUUCCGGCUGCAAGAACUACCGGGAACUGUGCUAUUAAAUCGUGCUGUUUUUUUUCUUUUCUUUAAAUUCAUAGCAUGUGUUGCUUUCUUUGCUAAGUGAAUUUUUUUUUUCUUUUUUUUAUUCUCUUUGGUGUAAUUGAGGUUGGGCCCUUGGAAGUUGAGAUGUUAAAUGUUUGUACCUGUUGUAGAUGAGCUGCAGGUAGAUAGUUGAAGUAAUGUAAUAGCUGUUUGUGGGAAAUUUAACAUUUAUGCUGUGUUUGGUUGGGGAUUUAGAGAGAAAUUUGGAAAGGGAAAGAAAAAAGGUGUGAAACUAGGUGAAAUAUAGGUAUAUUUUAUUCACAUUUCAACUAUUUUUUCCAUUUUUCCUUCCAAAUCUCUUCCCAAAUUCUCUAACCAAAUACAGCAUUAAGGUUGGGAGUGUUCGCCAAGCCUCGUUGCCGUCGCUUUUGGAAAUAUAUUUUGUUCCAUGCUUGCUGUUA